GCCCCGCCGUGCCCCGCCCACAUCCUGUUGGGCGGCGCAGGCGCAGAGGGGCCAGGGCCGCCAUUUCGUUCGGCGGGGCUGGGGCCGGGGCCGGGAGCGGCGGGAGGAGCCGCGGGCAUGAGUGCCCAGGCCUGCCCCCAGCACUGAGACCCCGGAGCCGCCAGGAUGCCGAUCCCUCCUCCCCCGCCGCCGCCCCCCGGCCCCCCGCCGCCCCCCACCCUCAGUCAGGCGAACACGGAACCGCCCAAGCUGAGCCGAGAGGAGCAGCGGGGCCGUGGGGCUCUCCUGCAGGACAUCUGUAAAGGGACCAAGCUCAGGAAAGUGACCCAAAUCAAUGACCGGAGUGCACCCAUCCUGGAAAAGCCCAAGGGCAGCGGCGGCAGCAGCUACGGCUCGGGCUCAGCUGCCAUCCAGCCCAAGGGCGGCCUCUUCCAAGGCGGCGUUCCCAAGCUCAGACCUGUGGGAGCCAAGGACAGCUCAGACAGCUCCACUAAACAAACACUACAAGUCCCUGGCUCCCGAGCCGCUGCUCCCAGGCCCCCCGUGCCGGCCAGCAACAGCCGCCCUCAGGACGAUGCCGACAGCAGCCGGGGGUCCCCGCCGGAACUGCCGCGCACGCAGCGACCCUCCCUGCCCGACCUGUCCCGGCCCGGCACCGCCGGUGGCACCGGCAUGAAGCACAGCUCCUCGGCCCCGCCGCCCCCUCCGCCGGGCCGCCGCGCCGCCGCCCCCCCGGCCCCGCCUGCAGCGCACGCCAAGGCCUCGCCCUACAACCGGGAGAAGCCACUGCCGCCCACCCCGGGACAGCGCCUGCCCGGCGGCAGGGACGGGCCCCCCGCCCCGCCGCCCAUCAAACCCCCUCCUUCCCCGGUCAGCCUCCGCUCGGGCGCUCAGUCUCUGGCCCCGCCACCUCCCCCGUACCGGCAACCCCCCGGUGUGCCCAACGGCCCCUCCAGCCCCAGCAGCGAGUCGGCCCCGGAGCUGCCGCAGAGACACAACUCCUUGCACAGGAAGGCGCCCGGCUCCUUGCGGGGUCUGGCACCGCCGCCGCCCGCUGCUGCCUCCCCGUCCCUGCAGAGCGGCCGCCCCCCGCCGCCGGCCAGAGACCCCCCGAGCCGUGGAGCAGCUCCGCCGCCGCCGCCGCCCAUGCUGCGGAACGGAGGGCGCGACGCCCCCCCGCCCCCGCCCCCCUACAGACUGCACGGCCCCGCCGAGCCCCCCAGCCGGGGGAAGCCCCCGCCGCCCCCCACCCGCACCCCGGCCGGGCCCCCGCCGCCGCCGCCGCCCGUGCGCAACGGGCACCGCGACUCCAUCUCCACCGUCAGAGCAUUCCUGGAUGACUUUGAAUCCAAAUACUCCUUUCAUCCCGUUGAAGACUUCCCAGCCCCAGAGGAAUAUAAAUACUUCCAGAGAAUCUACCCCAGCAAAACAAACAGAGCUACGCGCGGGGCUCCCCCUCUGCCCCCCAUCCCCAGGUGAAAGCGGGCUGUGCGGGUGGAAUGUUCCAGAGCGGAGACGUGGAGCUCCUUCCCCUUCCUCAGCCGGACCCCCCCAGCUCCCAGCGCCCCGGAUCCUGCAUGACACGCUCCCAGCCUCGCCGGUUUUCCCAGGACAAGCGGAUCCCCUGCCAGCCCCGCCUCAUCUGCGCAGCCCCCAGGAGGCAGAGACCUCGUGGCCGCCCUGGAGGGGUCCAUCCCUCACUCCUCCUCACGGAUCCUGGCUCGGGAUCUGCCUGGGAGCCGGGCACGGGACUUGAGGCCGAGCCGUGCGCCGGCUGUUGGGACCAGGGGGGCUCAGGGAGGGGGGCUGGGGUCAGGCAGGGGAUGGACACGCUGUGAGACCCCUCCCCAGAGCGAGGGGGAGCAGGGACAGGCCGGCACAGCCUCGUUAUCCUGGUGGAACCUUGUUACCCCAGCACAGCCCAUUGCUUUUUUUGCACAGGAGCCAGUGGAGGAAGGGGGGAACAUGAGUGGGACCAUGCAGGGACACCCCAACCCCCUUUCUCUGACCCCACAGGGGGGCACCCCCACGUGCCCCCCUCAAAACCACUGCUCCCCUGGGAUUCCCCUGGCUCUCACUGCUGACUGCCCCCAAAACUUGAGCAUUUUAACAAGAAAACACUAAUUACAUUGAGGGGGGGAGCUGUUUGUGCUGGGUCUGGCACACCAGGGGGCACGUGGGGGGGCCCUGGGGGCCGGUGAUGUUUUGCCUUACACUCCCUGUCCUGGGGUGGUCCCAGCCCCACGGCGGGGGUCCCACUAACGUAGUUACUGAUCUCUUUGUACCAUAGCAGGAGGGGCAGGGGGGCCGCCCCUGCACACGGGUUUGGGGCUCGUUCAGGGGAUUUUUUUUUCUAUGAUGAUGGACCUUCCCCUGUUGAGGCUGGAGCGAGGUGGGUGAGGGGUGAGUGGGGGGUUUCUCUGGAGAAUGAGCCCCCUCCCCCAGCGCUGCCCUUUGGGUUAAAUAAAGGUUCAAAACGGUUCUGCCCCUCCUGGAGAGAGGGGCCCUUUUAAAAGGGAACAGAGGAAUUUGGAGGAGCUGGAAAUUACAUUUAAAUAAAAGUAAUAAAGUGA